CUACAAUACCAGUCAAACGUUUGUACACACCUACUCAUUCCAGGGUUUUGGACAUUGUAGAAUAAUAGUGAAGGCAUUUUAGAUUAUUUAAAGUAGCCACCCUUUGCCUUAAUGACAGCUAUGCACACUCAUUGGCAUUCUCUCAACCAGCUUCACCUGGAAUGCUUUUCCAACAGUCUUGAAGGAGUUCCCACAUAUGUAUUUAUUCGUUAUUUUACCAGGUAAGUUGACUGAGAACACAUUCUCAUUUGCAGCAACGACCUGGGGAACAGUUACAGGGGAGAGGAGGGGGAUGAAUGCUGAGGACUUCUUGGCUGCUAUUGCUUCACUCUGCGGUCCAACUUAUCCCAAACCAUCUAAAUUGGGUUGGGGUCAGGUGAUUGUGGAGGCCAGGUCAUCUGAUGCAGCACUCCAUCACUCUCCUUCUUGGUCAAAUAGCCCAUACACAAGCCUGGAGGUGUGUUUUUGGUCAUUGUCCUGUUGAAAAACAAAUGAUAGUCCCAGUAAGCGCAAGCGUUGCAGGAUGCUGUGGUAGCCAUGCUGGUUAAGUGUACCUUGAAUUCUAAAUAAAUCACUGGCUGAUGUCUUCACUAUUAGUUUACAAUGUAGAAAAUAGUAAAAAUGAAGAAAAACCCUUGAAUGAGUAGGUGUGUCCAAACUUUUGACUGGUACUGUAGCUAGCUAGCUACAUGCCUUUUUAUUGAAUGAAUUUGGGAGGAUUUGUGUGUCUGUGUUUUACAGUGCUGGCCAAGGCCAUCCACUCUCUGUCCAGGAUAGGUGAUGAGUUGUACCUGGAGCCACAGGAGAAUGGGCUGGCUCUGCGUUCAGUGAACUCAUCCCGCUCAGCCUACGCGUGCUUCCUUUUCUCCCCACUCUUCUUCAGCAGGUACACCAUUCCCUUAGGACAUGCUUUUCGCUGCAAGAUGGCUAUCAAGUGUGUGCAGGCCGUGUUCAGGUCCCUGUCGUCUCUGGAGAAGACAGUAGAGAAGUGUCACAUUGAACUGGAUGGAGAGAAGAGUCGUCUCACCUUCACCCUGCACUGCAAACAUGGUCUGCUGAAGACACACAACCUGUCAUUCCAGGACAGUGAGAGUCUGCAGGCCGUGUUUGAUAAAGAGAGCUGUGCCAACAUGCUUCGAGCCCAGCCCAGGUCAGCACAUUCUCUCUCUCUCUUUCAGUGUUCCUCUCCUGUCAUCUUACCUCCUAUGCAUCACUUUGAUUUUUCCUUCUUUCUUUCCUCCAGGUUGCUGGUUGACACGGUGCUGCACUUCCCUCCCUCUCUGGAAGAGGUGAGUGUGUCAGUGAGUGGAGAACGAGUGUGCUUCAGGAACCAUGUAGACGACGAGGCAGAGCAAUCCAAAGCCAUGCUGACUGAACUGUGUUUGAGUUCUGAUGAGUUUGACCACUUUGCUGUCGGAGCUCAGACCAGCAUCACAUUCUGUCUAAAGGAGCUGAGGGGCUUGCUGGUGUUUGCAGAAUCCACAGGUCUCCCAGUCUCAAUGUAUUUUGAUGAGCCAGGCAGUCCUGUGGUGUUAAGUGUAACAGACAGUGUUCUGGAGGUGAACUUCGUGCUUGCCACUCUGUCUGAUGACUCCAACCUCUGUAACCAUAACAACAACACAAAACGAGCUCGCUCGCCGCCACCUCCUGACGACUUUAUGACUGACGACAUUGACUCUUAUCUCAUCGCCAUGGAGACCAGUGAAUUAGCGGGUCCCUCCAAUGCCCUUGCGCCCCGGUCCCCCUCGCCCAAUCACACACUUACAACUCCGCCAUCUGUAGCCAUGCACAGGCUAGAGAGAGGAGAGGAAGAGGAGGAGGAAGAUACCGAGGACACUGAAAGACCUCCAAAUAAAAAGUUCCGCUCGCUCUUUUUCGGGUCAGUCUGUCCCUCUGAUUCUCAACUGACCAAUCAGACGAUCAAGAGCCAGGAAGUGCUGGCCAGUGACAGCGAGGACGACACCCAAGCAUCAUUGCCGUGACCUGGGGUGGUGGAGUUGAAGCCACGUGUGUUUGUGUGUGUGUGUGUGUUUUGGAGAAACCCACUUAUAGAAUCCCUGCUAAGAGAUAUUUAAAAAGAUGAAAAAAGGUUUGCAUCUAAUCUGAAGACUAAUCACAUUAGAUGCAGAGUCUUACCCGUGGGAUCAUUUUUUUAGAAUAUGGAUUUGAACAAAUCCAGACCUUUCUAGUUCUAAUGACCGUUGCAGCCUUGAGAAGAAAGUCUGCACUCAGUAGGUCCUCUGAGGGACAGUGAUGGGACAUUCAGACUUUUUAUUGGACCAUAUCAUCACACUGGGGGACUCUGGAAUUAUGAGGAAAUGGACAAGUACUUCCUGUUUAUGAUGGCAUGUCAAUGAUCAAUGUACACAAGCUCUAGAAUAAAAAAACACUUUUUUUUCUCCCCGGA